CCGACGUGGACCACGAACCGACUCGACUCGAGGUGCCAGUUCGACAGCGACAUUCCAUUCAGAGCCACGACGCGUUCCGUCGCGCUAGAAAGUCCUCGAGACUCAACCCCGUCGAAGGAAUUACCGAUCACUCGUUCGCACGGUAUUCACGUAAUAGUUCCUCGUCUUUUACCUAGAAGUGUGAUGAUAUUGACGUUGGUGACCGAAGACGUGCCGCACUUCCGCUUUUCGCAGUGAUCGCGUGCAAAACUUUCAGUGAUUGUGUACACAAGUCCCGUGCGCUGCGCACUGUUUUGAAACUGUAAAAAAACGUCGCGUGGCCACGCGCCCGCGGUAGAGUGAAACCGAGCCGCGAGUUUGUCCAUCCGGACCGCGGAGUCGGGAUAGCGGUUAACCGCUGCACGAAACGCCUUCCCUGGAUACCUUCAGGCCAACCCUGAACUAUGCAUGGUGCGAAAUGGUGUGCUCUCUGACUAAGACCUGUGGGGAAAGUGCAGCGGACGGUUGUGCCGACCUUAGAGUCCGAUCGGGAGUCAGCUUAGUCGGCGUCGACAGCGAACCGGGCGACAUGUCAUCCCUGAGCGACGCUCAUCGCCGCGGCGCCAGCCACCUCGACGGCGAUCGCAGCUCGUCGGCCGGGUCGUCCUUGGGCUCGUGUUCGCCACCUCCGCCCUCCAGCCACUCGCCGCCGCCCCCGAGGCCGCCCUGGCUCCACGACUUUCACGCCGCCGCCUCGCCCCACGUUCUCCAAUUCCUGAACCUGAGUGCCGCCGGCGGCGGGAUGCUCGGCAGUCAGCCCCUCGCCGCCCUCCAUUCCAUGGCCGAGCGCAGCCAUCAGCAGCAGCAUCACCAGCAGCAGAGCAUCCAGUUGUCCGGCGUAUCUGCCGCACAGCUCGCCAACCAUCCUCAGGGACAGGCCUCGCCCACCGGGAGUGGAAAACAGAGUCCGGCCACCUCCAUCACCUCCGUCGGCAGCAACCCCCACGGCAUCGACACCAUCCUAUCCCGCCCGGCCGCCACCCAUCCUCAGGUUCCCGUUUCCACCUCACACGGACUUCCGCCUGCGCCGCACCCUCAACCUCUGGCUGCACCCCGGUACGCCAUGCACACGGGAUUCACAGCUUCUUCGGGUAUGGGACAGUUCCAGCAGCGAACGGAGCCGCGACAUCCUGCCGUCUACUGGCCAGGACUUCAAGGAUUGGUCAGCGACCCUUUAGCGUGGCGAGCUCGACUGCAUUCUCUUUCCCAACAGCUUGGCUGUCAGCAGGCGAUGACGGGGGCGGGUGGCGGUGGACUCGGCGACCACGAGGGCGGCAAGAAGAAACACACGAGGCCGACGUUUAGUGGUCAGCAAAUAUUCGCCCUCGAGAAGACUUUCGAACAAACGAAAUACCUCGCGGGACCAGAACGAGCAAAACUAGCCUACGCCCUCGGCAUGUCCGAAUCCCAAGUCAAGGUCUGGUUUCAAAACAGGCGGACAAAGUGGCGAAAGAAGCACGCUGCGGAAAUGGCGACAGCGAAAAGACGCCAGGAGGAAGUCGAAGGCGUCGUUGCCGAGGGCGAUGAUGGGUGCAGCGAUGCCGAGGGCGAGGGAAACGGCGAAACCGCCGCGAAGAGGCUAAGGAGGGAACUUGAACAGCAGUACGGACCUUGAAUUUGAUCGUAAUUUUCCACAACCCGGACAUUCUUUCGCACAAACCGAUCCCGCUCGACUUCUAGCGUCAUGGGGAAAAUACACCGUUUGAAUCACGCCUCGGUGCGACCGAAAGGCCCAGGGGCUAUUUUUUAACAGUCGGUAAAAAAUUUGAAGUCUUCUUUUGCGAUUUAACGGCUCAGCAAAGACGGGAUUAAUUCUUACGAUUAAUAACGAGGAGAAGUUUGAAAGAAAAAAGUGAUCAAUUUCUAAUCCUGCAUUGGUCGAAGCACAACUCGACCUCGAUAUAAUAUGUCAUUCGAUAAUUUCCGUGAGAGUAGAAAGUACUUUUUUUUUUUGCCAUUAAUAUUAUGCUAUACCAAUCCGAAUAAAUUGGGCAUCCGUACCUAAUAAGAGUUAGCGUUACGAAAUUGUUGACGGUUCGAAUGUAAUUCCGGCGGUCGUAAUAAGGAAAGUGCGAAUUAAUAAUAAUCGUCGUUACUCGUGCGUGACGAGUAAAUUGGUUGAUUAUAACCGAAGUAUUGACUAAAGUCGGAACGAUCUGACGAGAGAUUUUGUAUAUUAUGUAGAUAAUAAUUAACGUGAAUGUGAUAUUUGGCGUUUUAAAUGCGGAGUUUAUAGGUAUACAUAUAUACAUGCGCUUGUAUGCAUAUAUACCUAUAUCUAUUAAAAGUUAUAACGAUCUCGUAAGAUAAAACACACGAUACGGACACGAAGAGGAAAAGGUAAACACACAUGCACACACGCACACACACAUGUUACAGAUAAACGAAACGUACACCAAUAGGUAAUUAUUAAAUAGAAGUUAAAGUUAAUUACGUAUCGAUUAUAAAAGUAAACGUAAAUUAAUAUACGAGUAUAAUUUAUAAUCCACUGUACAGUAUUAGGUAAAUUAUAAAUGAAGAAAUAAGUUUAGAACGAUCUUGUAUAAAGCAUUGUAUAAAUUAUAAAUAUAUUAUUGCUUGUGUAUCAUAUCUCUUA